UCACUUGACGGUUCAGGAUUGUCCGGGCAGCUACAAGACAACUUCUCCGCCAGCGUUCUUGCCGGCCCCUCUCUUGGUAGCCCUCCGGCAGCCCUUGGUCAACAUUUCCCCCUAAGGACCUUGGACUUCUUUGAAAACCCCGGUUUUAUGCAGACAAUGCAGGAGCCUUUAGGCCUGGAAAUGAUGGGCGAUGCUAACAGUCAGACGCCGUUCUGGUGGGAGUUUACUUCCACCACUAGCUCAUCAGCAGGCAUCGAGAAUUGGGGCACUUCUCCAGGGGCCCCGGUACUCCCGGGCACGCCACUUGCAGGGUCCGAUCUCCUUCUGGGUAUUGAUUCUACACAGGUAAUCCCUGACAUGGCGAGCGACACCACCGGGACACCGUCCUGGGCAGGAUCUAUGCCCGCUAGCUCCUCCGCAGGCACCGAGAAUUGGAUCAAUUCUCCAGGGGCAACGCUCCUUCCAUUCACGCCGCCCGCGGCGCUUAGUUCCCCCUGCAAUCUGAUGGACCCAAACUCCGGAACUGUGAAUCUCGACCGGUACCGUGCCCUCGCACCUCGCGACCCGGUGUCAUCAUCGCUACCUUUGCCGGCAGAGCCAAGCCCACGACCUCAGCCCAGGUCUCAACCCAAAUGCCUACCACGCGUCCAACAAAGCCGCCCCGAGAAAAUUUCAGCGCGAGAGAAACGAAAGAUCUACAGGCCCGUGAAGUGCAAAUAUUGCAACCUCGGGUCCACCCACACGCGCGAGUUGAAGAAGCACAUCCGGGCAAAACACAAAGAUAUCGCCCGGGAACUCGGCAUGUUAGAGGAGUUCCCCUGCGACGAGUGCGGAAAGAUAAUCACGCGGGGCGACAACCUCCUUCGCCACCGGAGGAAGAAGCACGGGCUGGCCAAGUGAGAUUCUUUUCGGGCUGCUGCUGCGUGAAUUUUUCCGUGUGUUGAACCUCUCUGACCUCAACUUUCCGUUUAUAACCCUUUACUCCUCUUUUCAUUUCCUGGAGCUUUAUGAAGCUGAUUUGAUAUGUUGUGUUGCCCUUUUUCUUUCAUAUGGGAACUACGGGGAAGGACGCCGUUUCUAAUUGGGGGAUCGAUCGUGAUAUACUAGGUGCUUCAUAUCCUAGUCAGAGACGUUAUUUAAAUUUAAACUCAAACAUUAAAUAUA